AUGCAGGACAAAACCCUUCACCUCAAUGCUUUAUUUGGCUAUCGAAAAGCCGACAACAACAAAAAUUCCCUCUGGAAGUUAAAAGGCAUUAAUCUCACCGGAAAAAAGGGAAAGCGUGACGGCAAGAGGCAAUCAGUGACGGAAUUCAUACAAGACAACACCCGGAAACUAGAAGAAUCAACUUUAGGACCUGGCGGCGGAUUCGGAAUUGGCUGUGGAAUCGGUGUGGGUGUUGGAGCUGUUGGUGGUCUAGGUUUUGGUGGUUCGGAAUGGAACCAUGUUAAACUAGUUUUUGGUGUGGGGAUGGGUUGUGGUGUUGGUAUCGGGUUCGGGUAUGGCCAAGGGAUUGGUGUUGGGUUUUCAUGGGAUGAAUUUAAGUCUAGGUUUUUUGAAUCCAAAAGUAGCUCCACUAAACCCUUUCUAAUCUAUACCUAG